AUGACCUCUCGGAGGCAGCUGGUACAGCAGGUGCUGCAGGAGCUGCAGGAGGCCGUGGAGUCCGAGGGCUUCGAGGGUCUGGUCGGCGCUGCUCUGGAGGCCAAGCGGGUGCUGUCCACCUUCACCCUCCCCACCUGCCGGGAGGGGGGCUCCAGCCCCCAGGUGCUGGAGGUGGACUCCGUGGCCUUGAGCUUGUACCCGGAGGACGCUCCCCGGAACAUGCUGCCGCUGGUGUGCCGAGGCGAGGGCAGCCUGCUGUUCGAGGCGGCCAGCGUGCUGCUGUGGGGGGACGUGGGCUUCAGCCUGGAGCUGCGGGCGCGCACGGUGGUGGAGAUGCUCCUGCACCGGCACUACUACCUGCAGGGCAUGAUCGACUCCAAGGUGAUGCUGCAGGCCGUGCGCUAUUCUCUGUGCUCCGAGGAGUCCCCUGAGAUGACCAGCCUGCCAUCCGCCACGCUGGAGGCCAUCUUCGACGCAGACGUCAAGGCCACGUGCUUCCCCAGCAGCUUCUCCAACGUGUGGCACCUGUACGCGCUUGCCUCCGUCCUUCAGCGCAACAUCUACUCCAUCUACCCCAUGCGAAACCUCAAGAUCCGGCCCUACUUCAACCGGGUCAUCCGGCCUCGCCGCUGCGACCACGUUCCCGCCACGCUGCACAUCAUGUGGGCCGGCCAGCCCCUCACCAGCCACCUCUUCCGCCACCAGUACUUUGCCCCUGUGGUGGGGCUGGAGGAGGUAGAGGCCGAAGGUGCCCCGGCCCCUGCCCCCAGCCCCGCAGCCCCACUGCUGCCACCGGCCAAGACGCUGGAGCUGCUCAGCCAGGAGCCCGGCCUCAGCUACUCCCACCUCUGUGAGCGCUACAGCGUCACCAAGAGCACCUUCUACCGCUGGCGGCGCCAGUCGCAGGAGCACCGGCAGAAGGUGGCUGCCCGCUUCUCGGCCAAGCACUUCCUGCAGGACAGCUUCCACCGCGGGGGCGUCGUGCCGCUGCAGCAGUUCCUCCAGAGGUUCCCCGAGAUCUCCCGCUCCACCUACUAUGCCUGGAAGCAGGAGCUGCUGGGCUCCGGCGCCUGCCAGGCCCAGGCCCCCAAAGAGGUGCCGGUGACGGAGGGGCUGGAGAAGCUGCCGGAGGAGCAGGCGGCCAAGGGGCUGGGGUGUUCCGCGCUGGCGGCGGUCAGCCCGGGAAUGGUCCUGAUGCAGCGGGCCAAGCUGUACCUGGAGCACUGCAUCUCCCUGAACACGCUGGUGCCCUACCGUUGCUUCAAACGCAGGUUCCCCGGCAUCUCGCGGUCCACCUACUACAACUGGCGCCGGAAGGCCCUCCGGAGGAACCCCGGCUUCAAGCCGGCACCUGCCCUCCCCACCACCGUGGUUCCCCAGCCAGUGUCCGUUCUGGAAGAGGCCCUGCUCCCUUGGAAGGAAGCAGGGGGAGAGGGGACGGGCCAAGCCACGGCAGGGGGACCACCCGCUGCCCACGCGUUCCUGCCCCCCAAGGUGCCCCUGUCCCAUUGGCAGAGGCGCCUGCGCAGGGCUGCCCGCAAGCAAGUGCUGAGCGGGCAUCUCCCCUUCUGUCGCUUCCGCCUUCGCUACCCAAGCCUGUCGCCCUCCACCUUCUGGGUGUGGAAGAGUCUUGCCCGGGGUUGGCCCAGAGGCCUGUCCAGAUUCCAGAUGCAGGACCCCGCCUUGGGCAAAGGAGGGCUGCGGGAAGCUGAGGAGAAGCAGGAGAAGGAAGCUGUCAGGGAUGGGCCUGCUGCGAUGACCCCUCCUGGUGGGACCCCCGCGCCGGUGGGGGCUUCUGCAGGAGAGGAUCCAGGAAAGGCCCGGGGGGUUCCUUCUGGAGAGGGGGCCAUGGCCCAGGGCCAGCCCCACAGCCAGUCCCUGUCCAGCCACCCCGGGGCAGAGGCAGCCGUGGGGGGCAGGGAUGGCCAGGUGCUGGUGAUGGACAUGCUCGGCACCACGAAGUUCAAGGCCCAGGCCAAGCUGUUCUUGCAGAAGCGCUUCCAGUCUAAGAGCUUCCCCUCCUUCAAGGAGUUCAGCGCCCUGUUUCCCCUCACUGCCCGCUCUACCUACUACAUGUGGAAGCGAGCGCUCUAUGACGGCCUCACCCUGGUGGAUGGCUGAGGGGGUGGUGUGAAGAGGGUAGGGAGGAAAGGGGACCUGCUUGGACAGGCUCAGGGACCUAAGUUGACCCCUGGCUUUGGCCAGCGUGCCCUUUGCUCUGGCUCCCACAGCGUCCACCUUGAAUCCCAGGGCAGCUCCGCGCUGCUGCUUCCUGGCUCGAAGGCCGUUGGAGCCAGAGAUGAGCCGUCUGGUCUUCCCAGAGAGCUGCAGGACCAGCGUUGUUCUUUUCGGUUGUUUGCCAUUUUUGCUUUUUCUUGUCUUGGUUUUAAUUUUUUGUUUUGAUUUAAGUGCGUUGGCUGGGCCCUCUGACUGAUGUUGGGAAGCAAAUGCAUGAGGGUUGUGAGGGGGUUUGAUGGCUAAAGCUGCUUUCAACUUCUCGUGAGGACGAAGACCGUACUGCAACGUGGCUGGCUGUCCCAUUAGGCGGAGUGUAUGUCUUCAGUUUAUUUGGGGGUUGGUACCCUGCUUACUCAAAUAUGUUUCCCAAAGGAACAUUAGAAAUCAAUUAUGGAGGUGGUCCGUGGCUUCUGCCUGGUGCCCUCAAGGGAGAGGGUGCCAGGCUUAGCAUGACAAGUGAAGGUAUAUAGGAAGGACCUCUGAGGGGGGGCCCUGAGCUGGGUCACUGAGGUGCCGGCCUGUCCCUUGCAAGGAGUGUGGUAAAGGGCUUGGGGGAGGGGGCUUCGAGCUUCUGCUGGUGCUUGGUCCAUCUGCUGUAGACCUUUCAGUCCUCUCCCAGCCUGGUUGGCUCUUGGGGAUCCCAUCUUCUUGAGCCUCUCCUCUGAGCCUGUGCCCCAUCAGCGAGGGACCUUACGGUGGCCAGAAAAGCGACUAACUGAAUUCCCAUUGUCCAAGAGUCAAGUUGGAAA